AUGCCUUUUCAGCAAAUGUAUAAACCUCUAAUUCAGGAAGAGGUGGGCUAUAUCCGGAAGAGGCUGGAAGAAUAUACGAGACGGCAUAUCCAUAAAUUAGAUGACUUUGACUGCAGUAAUCCUCGCGGACGCCAGGACCCUAUUUUUGUAUAUUGCACUCCUGGAGUUGAUGAUCAAAACCCAUCAGACCGAGCCACAAUCCAAGAGAACCAUGCAACCCGCUUGGGCUGCAGGCCAGGAAAACUGUGGAAAGCGGCGGCGACGACAUUAGGAACUCACGUGCAGAUCUCCAGAGAUUGCUAA